UCCCGGUCGCAAAUGCUGUCAUUAGUGAUGUUAAGCGAGAUGAAUCGGUCUGAACAGGAAAGUUUGUACCGUACGUCCCGAAAGCUGAGUCUGGUGCCGAUCGGCGGCUCCUUCGAGCCGCACCGCGACGCGCCCUCCGACGACCUGGUGCUCAGCGUGCUGAAGAGCCCCGUGAACCAUGUGUCGCGCGACGAGGAGACGCCCCACGUCCCCAGCGAGGAGGACGACUGCUCCGAGCGGCUGCCCUUCCUGCAACGGCUGCGGGGUCAUCGGCCGCGCUUCGGCGAGGCGCACCACAAGCGCGUGCCGACGCCCCUCAAGCGCAAGCAGCGCUUCCGCAGCCACAAGAACGACGUGGUGCAGCCCGAGGACGUCGUCGACGAGGAGGACGACGUCGAGGCGCCGCCGGACGAGCCCAGAGGCGUCCCCGACCCCUACUAUCCCAUCUAUCUGCCCAUCGAUCAGGCGUUCAAGGCCAAGUACGUUUUCCACCACAAGAAGGGGAAGACGUGCCAGGAGAGGACGUACGUUUUUCUGGAGCAUCCCGGAGGAUGGCUGUGUUUUAUCUAUCACUUUACUGUGUUUAUGUUAGUCCUCGUUUGUCUAAUAUUCAGCGUGUUGUCGACGAUCGACACAUACCAGAGCUUUGCCAACGAGACCCUUUUCUGGAUGGAAAUUUGCCUCGUGGUCUUCUUCGGCGUGGAGUAUUUGGUGCGGUUGUGGUCGGCGGGCUGCAGGUCCAAAUACAUGGGCUUCUGGGGGCGGCUCCGGUUUAUACGCAAACCGAUCUGCAUAAUCGAUUUAAUUGUAGUGGUAGCAUCGAUCGUAGUCCUUACGUUAGGAUCAAACGGGCAAGUGUUUGCCACGUCGGCUAUCCGAGGAAUUCGCUUCCUGCAAAUCCUGCGGAUGCUCCACGUGGACAGACAAGGGGGCACGUGGAGGUUACUGGGUUCAGUUGUGUUUAUACAUCGACAAGAAUUAAUAACGACUCUUUACAUCGGAUUCCUGGGCCUAAUUUUCAGCAGUUAUUUUGUUUAUUUAGCAGAAAAGGACGCCGUAGGUGCUGAUGGAAAAAAUACGGGGGAUUUUUCCAGUUAUGCGGAUGCACUCUGGUGGGGGGUUAUUACUGUUACCACCAUCGGAUAUGGGGAUACCGUGCCCAGGACCUGGAUGGGGAAGAUUGUAGCGUCCUGCUUUAGCGUCUUUGCCAUUUCUUUCUUCGCUCUUCCAGCCGGUAUCCUCGGUUCGGGCUUCGCCCUCAAGGUACAGCAGAAACAACGGCAGAAACAUUUCAAUCGGCAGAUUCCCGCCGCCGCCAUGCUCAUUCAGUGCUUGUGGCGGUGUUACGCCGCCGACAAAAGUUUCAAUUCGAGGGCGACGUGGCAGAUUUAUCUCAAGGAUACGAACGGUUUCACCACCAACAACUCUUCCAGUGGGAGCGGCACCAAUUGCAAUAUACCUCUUUCCAAGUCCCUGAUGUUGCAGGUGGCUAAGAAAGCGUCCGUUUUGAAACGUCGGAAAUCGCGGAAUCGCAUGGAGGCGCCUGGAACGCCGCAGGGCGACACACCCGUCCAAACCGUCGCCCCCAACGCACCCUCCAGAUGCGAGUCCGAUUCCGACGUUGUUUUCUACAUGGAGGAACCCAAAGCCGGCACCCCCAACCGUGUCCGCCGAGGCGAACGCGAGAGCUCUCGUGGGGCCGUCUUCACCAGCCAGACCAGCACCGUCACGGAGGCCGCCAGCGACGACAUCGACGACCUCGACGGCGAGCUCCCCCGGGUGACCCAACUGACGGAGGCCCACAAAAACGCCAUCCGCGCCAUAAGAAAAAUCAAGUAUUUCGUAGCCCGACGGAAGUUUCAGCAGGCGCGGAAGCCCUACGACGUGCGGGACGUCAUCGAGCAGUACAGCCAAGGCCACCUCAACAUGAUGGUGCGCAUCAAGGAGUUGCAGAGGAGGCUGGACCAGACGUUGGGCAAGCCAGGGAGUUACCUGGCGGGGAUCGACAGGGUCGGGAAUGUUAAACCCAUGACGGUGGGGGCGAGACUGUACCGAGUCGAGCAACAAUUGGGCACCAUGGACAAGAAGUUGGACGCCUUAACCCACAUUUUGAAUGCGAUGGCACAAAAAAAUCAACCGCUGAAAUCCAUCGAGGAUGAUGUAUGAGGGACGGGCAUAUCGGUGCAGCAAUAAUCUUGCAACUACAUAUCCGGCGGGAUUCUCUAACUUGUACAUAAGUAGUUUAAGGGAAUUUAGUCAAUAUUCAAAACUAAGCAUGGUAUUAUGGGGCACACGUGUACAUUGAUCAAGGAUCAAUUGUAAUAUAUAUUUUUAGUCACUUUAAUUAGAUUAUUUCCAUAUCUAUAUCUAGACCGUGCCUAUUUAGAUUUAUAUGAAAAGUAAAAAUAGGGGGAUGCGAGUUGUCUCGAACACAUGUGGGGCGUAUAAUAGCUCUAGAAGUUUUUAAUAUCAUAAUCAAAAUAAUGGUUUCAGACAAUCGUUACGAGGUAAGUUAGUUAGUGGCAAAGUAAGUUCAAAAUUUCACUGAAAAUUCUAGAAAAAAGAAAUAUGUUGUACCAAAAAAAUACUACUGAAGAUCAAAAUUAUAUAAUAUAACACCAGAGUUUUAUUUGUGACCUGGUUUAUUCCAAUAAAUAUAAUGACUAUAAAUACAGGAAACAAUCGUUGAAAAACUUCGAGGGGUGGUUCUCUAGAUCAAAAUAAGAAAAAUGUUUCUAUAUACCAAUGUCCGGAAAUGCUUCUUAAUGGAGUUAGGGCGAUAACUCGACUAUAUCACCAGUACAUUCAGGGCCAAAAAAAUACUCCAGAUACAAAAUUUUGUGAAUUUAUGUCUAUCGGUUACUGAGAUAAUUGAAAAAAGGCCUUUUGUCCGCUAUUUUCAGAGGGGUUCUAGCCCCUUGAAAAUUGCGGACAAAAGAGAGGCUCUAGCUCCCACAAUUUUUCAACGAUUUUUCGGACACCCUGCGUUUUAUGGUCAUUAUUUAAGAUUUAUUGAAUUUAAUAUUAAAAUUGUUUUUUAAUACAUUGGCACUUUUGUGAGAAAUUUUUUUUUACAUUAAAUAUUAUUGUCACUGUUUUCUGUUUUCUUUGAUAAAUUGAACAAAACACAUUUUUUUUUAAUUUUGAAUUAUUAAUUGUUUCUUAUUGUUAAUUUUUUUGCGAAACUAGUCAAUAACGCAUUAACCAUCUGCUUAGUACACUUAAAAAUCUAAAUAAGUUUAGUAGAUAAAUACAUGCAGUCCGAACUAAUUAUUGGAAGAGGUUUUUCGGAGUAUUGAUUUUUUGGAAUAUCGAAUUAGUUUUCUAUUUAAGUAAAAUGAAUAAACACCAGAAAUAUGUAAACUUAUUUAAAAAAUUAAUAAUUAAUUAUACAGAGUGAGUCUGGUAAAGGUGAGAAAUUUCAGGGUAGGAUAUUUAAAAUGUGUUCAGAUUUUUUCCAUCACAUCAAAUUUUUAACAAUUCAAGAAAUAAUACAUUUUUUUUGCAUAAUUAUUUUUCUAAUUAAUUUUACAUCAAAAUAAUCGUUUUAUUAAGCAAAAAAUUAAGAAUUUUCAACAUUUGCAAAAAUUUUAUGUCUACAUUUUCGUGAUGUUUUUUCUUCAUCGCUAGCAAAGUUUCUUUUUAACAUUUAUCAGUAGUCAUUCAUUUCUGUGUUUUUUACAUAUUAAGAAUUGCUUGAAAUGAAUGCAAAAAAUUCUGUAAUUUAAUAAAAAGUAACAUUUUUAUCUUGUAUGUUUGACAUUAAAAAACUGGACCUGAUACGCAAAAAUGGUUUGUUUUUUUUAAGUUGAACACAUAAAAUAUUAGAAAAGAAGCUAAAAAUAUUUAAAACAUCAAAACUGAUCUGUAUAAUAGAUAUUAAUUAAUCUUCAUUAAUUUCUAAUAAAAAUUCUUUUUUUUUUAAGUAUUUAAAGCAUUGUAUAUUAAAAAGUCGUACGUGUACUGUUAGUGCUGCUUUAUUUUUGCUCAAAAGUGUAUUAAGAAAGUAAGUAACAAGUUUUUUCCCAAUAGGGAAUAAAGUGACGCUUUAUUCCCUCGUUUUUGAUCAAUAAUCUGGUACUUUAUUUCUUCAAAAAUAAAAUAAAUUAAAUAUCGAUUUUCACUCUUAAAAUUGCAAUUGAGUGAGUGAACUGAAUAUUUUGACAAAUUAUUUGAUAUUAUUUGACAAAUUUAUCAUUUUCUUAUCUUAUUAUUAAUUUAGACUAUUGAGGGAAAAGUUAUCAUCUCUGGAAUGGACAUUGCUAAUCCCUACAUUCUCAAAAUUAAAAUAGUUGUUUAUUCUCCUGAGAAAUAAUUAUCUUAUUAUUAAAUAACUUUCUUACAUGAAGCAACAGAUGUUGGCUACUUAAAUUAUUCUAUUUUAAGCGUUUUUUACUAUUACUUUUUAUGUUGGUGGUAAUUAUUACUGAGAAAAUGAUGUAGUUCUAUUUAUAUUUUGUCUUUUUGUUUUUUUUUUUAUUUAAUUUAUUGUCAAUCAAUCAGGUCAAGGCGAUGAAAGAUAGGUAUAUCCAAAAAUAGAUCUACACCUAGCUUUAGUUUUUUCUGUUGAAAAAAGUAGCAUUUGUAAACACUGAAUGAUUAUGUAAUUUUCCUCAUAAUAUCUUAUUUUUGCCAAAGAAUCAAAAUUGGGUGAUAUGCGUGCUCAUGAGUGACUAUUUUUAAGCUGCUGUGUUCGAGAUGCCCGUAUCUAUAGUACAAGGUCUGCCCUGUAUAGCAAAAACUUGUCGACAAUCUAUUUUCUGACUCGUACCGAGUUGUGUAUAGCCUAACAAUAUCAAAAGAAAGAUUUAAAUAUCCAACUUUCUUAUAAUAACCCACAGCUUCGUCACAUUGGACUUUUCGCGAGAUGUAUCAAGGGUCCAAAGAACGAAAUGUUUUCUUGUAGUUCGCUACAACUCUCUAGAGUAAGCCUUAAAAUAAAAAGAAGAUGCAUUUUAUUUAAAAACGCCUCGGCCGGUGAUGCGGGAACUGGAAGCGUGCCAUCGGAAACAACGAAUGUCUUUCCCCUUGCGGCCGACGGACUUUUGUACAUAGACAAUUCUUCAUGACUUAUUUAAAGAGUGCCUCUGCAUCUGUGAUUUGCACAUCUUACUAUUCACUGUUUUAUAUACAACCGAAUUAUCGAACGUUUGGACCAAAAUUCAAUUCCGGAGCGAAAGCGAUUCUUGACCUGAUCGAAAUUGAAAACGGUUGAGAUGGGAUGAGUCGCUUUUGCCAACUGAAACUUUUCCAACUCAUACAAACACACAACACGUUCAUAGAGGAGACGCCGAAAUCGAUCAACGGCCAGAUUGAGUGCUAUUUCCACACUGAAUCUCGCCGAAUUGUUAAAACAUUCUUCAUUUAUUCAAUAGUUCUAAGGAUAUUCUAAAUUUAUUCAAACGAGUCUCGAAUCUUCCUUGUCGAGCGAAUCCCUCAGAUAUUACCUACACCACUCACAGAAGGAGAAAGUGACACAAAUAAUAACUUUUUGUUAAUUUCAUCGAGGUUUAAUAGAAAAACUAACAAAGAAAAGUAAUAUCUGGGAUUUUCGGUCUGGUUAAUCUACAAAAGUGCCCUAAAGUCUUUACAUUUUCAAUCAUACCGUAGUUGCCUCUAUUAUCCCUUGAUAUUUUACUAGUUGAGUGUAAGUGAAGUCGUCUCUCCUGUUUUGUUAAGUUUUCGGUGCGAUAUGCUUAAUCAAUUAGCAGCUACCUACUAUCAAAGUAACGACGUAAUAUUCGUCAAUACUAACGUAAUAAUAAUGAUUUUGUGAUAGAUUUUAAGCACGUUUUUGACUUAAAUCACUCUGUUGUAUUUUAUUGUAAAUAUUUUUAUUGAUAGUUAUUAGUAUGCUCACAAAGUUCGUGAUCAAUAAAUUAAAAAAAUAAAGCAUCUAUUAGAUGUAAUAACGUUUAAACAAGAUUCCAUGUCAUUGUAAUUUAGAAAUCUCUUGACGCAAUAUUUAUUAUAAUAGCAAUUUGAAGCUUUUACUUGAUCUGUAAUUAAAAAUGAUAUUGUAAGAAAUAAAUCAUUUCCAC